AAGUGAAAGUACUUCUCCCUUGUAAGCAGGGAAAGACAAGUCGCUUGAAUAUUCGUUUGGGAAGCGUUUCGAGUCUAGAAGAUGACAUCGGCACUGGAGUCUUAUGUCAACCGGACUGUUUCCAUAGUGACAGCUGAUGGAAGAAUUAUUGUGGGGACCCUAAAAGGGUUUGAUCAGACCAUCAACUUGAUCCUGGAUGAGAGCCAUGAGAGAGUAUACAGCACGUCACAAGGGGUGGAGCAAGUUAUUCUGGGAUUGUACAUCAUCAGGGGAGAUAACGUGGCUGUUAUAGGAGAAAUCGAUGAUGACACGGACAAUGGUUUGGACUUCAACAGUAUCAAAGCGGAGCCCCUGAAUUCUGUGACUCACUGAUGAUGUCACAAGUCUCAUCUUCAAUUUCAUGUCCAUCAUUUUUCAUCAUCUUACUGGUCAUCACCAUCAAUGGAGUGGGAAGAGUUUUCAUGACAUCAUCAAUAGAACAGUCCCACUGAUUUUAUAAAUUGUUCCUCAAAUGUUCAACAUCUUCUGUGUGCUGUAAGAAAUCUUUCAUUCAAUGAGCAAUGGCUCUUAAAAUAUGUGACUAUUUGUCACUCAUUUGAUCAUUUUGAAGGUACUACAGUAAGGUUCCAUACACCCAGCAAUGUUAGUAGUCAUUGAAAAUCCAAUGGUUUCUUGUGUAUAUUUGUACAGCUGUAUAUAGUCUGUGGGACAAAACUGCCUAUAGAUAUGUACAGGAUUCAUCCAAUGCAUAUAUCAUCAGUGAAUGUUUCAUUUUACAUAUAUAUGUGUGCAAUUGUGUUUUACAUUGUGUAUCUGUAUAUCGCUAAAUACAAAAAUUAAGAUUUUA